AAGUGAGAAAGCAAGCCCCAAAAAGUAAGCGACUAUGUCACUGCUAGUUGCAGUGUCUCUAGGCCACAGAGAGAAGAGGACCUUGGGCUCCAGAGGUGCAUGGUGGGCGAGAAAGAAGAAUCCAAGGAAGGUGGUGGGCUGGUGACCUAGUAAGUGUUUGAGAAAGGCUUCUUGGUGUCUAGAGCCAGAGCAACACGGGGCCUGAAGGAAAGUGGAUGAAACUUGCCCAACGCCUGGAGACUUCAGCCAUGCCCCAUAGUUCUGACAGCAGCGACUCCAGCUUCAGCCGUUCACCUCCACCCAGCAAUAAACAGGAUUCCUCAGAUGACGUGAGGAAAGUUCAAAGAAGGGAGAAAAACCGUAUUGCAGCUCAGAAGAGUCGACAAAGGCAGACACAAAAAGCAGACACAUUACAUUUGGAGAGUGAAGAUCUGGAGAAACAAAAUGCAGCUCUCCGCAAGGAGAUCAAGCAGUUGACGGAGGAAAUGAAGUAUUUCACCUCAGUGCUGAGCAGCCAUGAACCACUGUGCUCCAUCUUGGCCACCACAUCCUCACCACCCCCUGAGGUGGUCUAUGGUGCCCAUGCCUUCCACCAGUCCCACGUCAGUUCCCCACGAUUCCAGCCCUGAUCCUACCACCAUGGGAAGAGCAUUAGAGACUCCAGCAUUCUCUCACAGGGAUUCCUCCCUAGGAUUUUUAGUGGGACAGCUCACAGCAGACACAAAGUUCUGAUGAAGAGAAUAUAAACUGUUUUCGCAACAGUAGCCUCAUCCAUCUCCUGCUGGAUUCUCUCUUCUCUCUAGAAAGAAGGAGGUGGAGAAUGGGGUACAGAAGACCCGAAUGACUGAUGGCUAUAGGCGUGGAAUGCCAGAACUCUUUGCAUUGUGUGCCCAACACACAGUGUAUAUCCGUACCUUCCAACUGAAUGUAUGACCAAUGAGAAAUAUAAUACUGGAUCUGGAGACCAACAGAGACAAAAGCGCACAAAGAGAUUUAUUUUUUCUAAAUAAAAAUUAAAAGAAGUAAACUUCAAAAAGGAUGACUUCUCCCUCCACUUUCCACCUUUAACUUUCUUAACACAAAGUUUCUUCUCAAACAGACCGUAUAAGUUCCAUGAGGGCAAGAACUAUUUCACUUCAGUUAUUGUAUCCCCAACAGCAUCUAGUGCGAAUAGUAGCUGCUUAAAUAAUGUUUGUUGACUGAAAUAGCCAUGUCUCAAUCAGGGAUUCCUGAAUGAAAUAUUAAUGUAGCCUUUCUAGUGGUUCCCAACCUUUGGGAUUGGACCCCAGAGGGGCCAUUGUGUUCUUGUAAGCAGUACACAAAUCUAGAAAGAAGCAAACAUACCUUAUAUUGACUGAAAAAAUGCCACACGCCUUUGUGUCACACACUAUACACAAAUAUAUAAUAUACAUUUAAUAUGCAGGGUAUCUCACAAAUCUUAGCGCAAAAGUGUUAAGCUGCAGAGUCCCCAAACUGCAUUAAGACUUUUGAGAUGACCCACAUACCAUCCAUAGAUUAUAUUUUUGCCUAUGUAUGUGCAUGUUAUUUGAACUAGUCUGGGAUCUCACUGAUGUGAGCAUUCCCUCUAUCCAUUCAGAUCACAACCUGUCCAUAAGUCUUGUCUGUAUUUCCCCAUAAGUCUUCCAUAGUGAAUCUACCAAAUGUGUUAUUAUUUCAUGGCUGUCACAACAACACUGAGGCUGUCAAUCUGUGGUCUCUCACUUUCUAUAUGUAAUUUGUGAAUUACACAUCUCCUGGAUAUUACCUCUUAUAUCACUUUUUGUCCAUAUGGUACAUAGGUCCUCACUGGAAAUACUGCAGCCCUCUGAGAACCCAUUAGACAUCUCUCCAUUAUACUUUGGAUUGGUUACAACUUUUAAUUUUAAAGUUUCUGUUG